AUGGUGGAAAGUAUUUUCGGAGGAAAAGUUGCGUAUCCAUUGGGGUGUUACGAGAACAGCAUUUCUCAUCCACGAGUAACCGAGAGACGUCUUUCUGUACAAUCAACUCAACUAAAAACAAUCUCAGAAUCUGGCGACGAUAAUUGUCACUCGGAAAGCACGAGGUUAGCUCAUGGAUUCGAAACUAUUACUGCGGGUGAAGGAUUAAGCUACCACCGUCGACCGAGAACUAUGUCUUUACCAGCAAUUUACCGGGACGGUUCGUAUUUGAUAAUAAGGCGCCCUUCUAAUGCGCCUAUUUCUUGUCAAAGGCGAAGAUAUUCGGAGCCAGCUGGUUUGAAAACGCAGGGGACUAUUCAAAGCUUGUCACUGCGUACAAAUGACAGCUACAGUGUGAGCGCUGAAAGAGAAAACGCCUCUUGGAAAAGAUCUUCGGUUGAAAGUGGGCAGGGGGUAUGGAGAAGUGGAGUUCGGGAUUUAUUGACGCCUAGAAGGCAUUCUGAUCCCAUGUGUUUAGUUACCGCGGAGCAGGUGGAAAAGUCGCCGGAUCGUCAAGAAAGAUGGAGCAGAACGGUGGACCCACAAUUGACGGGGUCAUCUGUCUGUAUUAAGAACAGACCACAAAUGCAAACAGACAGUAAUCAAGCAGGGCGACAAGUGUACACACGGAGACGAAAGUCGUCUCUAGUCCCUGUUCCUUUUAAUGCUCCAGUUCUGGAAGUUCAGAAAGCUAGGCAUUCUCAGCCAGCCUCGAGCCGUCGCUUAUCUUUUCCUCCAAGCAAGAAAGAAAGCCAACGACACUGUAUUCUUCCCGCGUUAAAUUUGAAAACAGGAUUUUUUGCCAAAUAUAUUUCUCACGAAAAUAAAGAGAGUGAAAUUGGACGCGACUGUAACAACAAUUUAGAACUAGCUGUUGAUGAACAGCCAUCUGAAAGCGAAAACAGUGCGGAUUUGAAAGACAAAUAUACUACUGACGAGGCCAUCUUGGUGCAAUGGAUGAAAUUUUUUGGUUGA